AUAGCUCAAUAACACGACUCCACCCAACCCAGCGAGGAACUCGCAGAUACUUGACGCAAACAUGGCGUUUGCAUCGCCCCUGUAAAGUACAACUCGGGUAUUUCAUUUGGACUUUUAAAAUCAUGGAAACAACUUUUAGUAACUUAUUGGUGCAGCUAUAAAAGAAGAAAUUAGGAAAACGCCGUCACUUAAUACACUGGAGGAAUGGCAGAGUAGUUUAUCAGCAGGUUUACAGGACGUUAGCCAGGCAGCUACGUUUUGGUAAACUUUGCCGAGGCAGGGAAUACACUGCCUGUGAAGCUAGUCUCAAAGUGUUCUGGAUACUGAAGUGGAAGUCUUGUCGAUCGCAAAGAACCGGAGAGGAGAAAGCUUUUUGCUUGUGCUGUAAGUGAUCUGGACGCGGAAGAUGGCCCAAUCGCCGAUGGCCGUGCAGGUUCCAGGGAUGCAGAACACUCGGAUGGACCCCGAGGAGCUCUUCACCAAGCUGGAGCGCAUAGGCAAGGGCUCCUUCGGCGAGGUGUUCAAGGGCAUCGACCAGCGCACGCAGAACGUGGUGGCCAUCAAGACCAUCGACCUGGAGGAGGCCGAGGACGAGAUCGAGGACAUCCAGCAGGAGAUCACCGUGCUCAGCCAGUGCGACAGCCCCUACGUCACCAAGUACUACGGCUCCUACCUGAAGGGAUCCAAACUGUGGAUCAUCAUGGAGUAUCUGGGGGGCGGUUCAGCCCUGGACCUGCUGCGUGCCGGCCCCUUUGAUGAGUUCCAGAUCGCCACCAUGCUGAAGGAGAUCCUGAAGGGACUAGACUAUCUGCAUUCUGAGAAGAAAAUCCACAGAGAUAUCAAAGCGGCCAAUGUGCUGCUAUCGGAGCAGGGGGAGGUGAAGCUGGCCGAUUUCGGCGUUGCCGGGCAGCUGACUGACACUCAGAUAAAGAGGGAGACCUUUGUGGGGACCCCCUUCUGGAUGGCCCCCGAGGUCAUCCAGCAGUCUGCGUACGACUCCAAGGCGGAUAUCUGGUCCCUCGGCAUCACCGCUAUCGAGUUAGCCAAGGGAGAGCCCCCCAACUCCGACAUGCACCCCAUGAGAGUCUUAUUCCUAAUCCCCAAGAACAACCCCCCCACCUUGAACGGUGACUUCAGCAAGAGCUUCAAGGAGUUUGUGGACUCCUGUCUGAACAAAGACCCUGCCUUCAGGCCGACGGCGAGGGAGCUUCUGAAGCACAAGUUCAUCGUGAAGAACGCCAAGAAGACGUCGUACCUGACGGAGCUGAUCGACCGGCUGAAGCGCUGGAAGGCCGAGGGGCACAGCGACGACGACUCCAGCGACGACAACUCCGACUCAGAGUCCAGUAACAAGGAGAACGACUCGUCACAGCCGGAGUGGUCCUUCACUACCGUCCGCAAGAAGAAGCCCGACGCCAAGAAGGUGACCAAUGGAACGGAUCAAGACCUCCUGAAGAAGUCGAGCAGCCUGUCCACUGUGAUCGCACCCGUGUUCAUGGAGGUGAGCCACCCCGCCUCCAGCCACUGUUUCUCCUGA